CAAUGGCCUCCAUUACGAUCUCGAUGACAGUUUAUUCUGAUUCAUCUGAAUACAAUGCCACAACCUUAUCAAAGCGGAAUGGACGAUCUCACUUUAGUAACGAAAAACAGAGAUUUAUGAUCAAGGACCAAUGACCAGGUGGGUGAAGUGGUUGAUAACCAUGGAGGAGCUGCACAAAUCACAAAUUAUACAGAGGGCGAAACAACAAAUAUCUGAAAGUCAUCCAUGAUAAAUCUCUGUUUGGAUGUCUUCUUGUUUGAAAUACAAAUCACAUUCCUUCCCGGCCGGGAGAGAUUUCGCUCUGCCCAGCAACAACAACAAGAGGCCGAAAAGAGGACCUCCGCCAAACAAUGCUCUUGACCAUGACGUCCUUUCCGCAAUCUUCUCUUUGCUUGACUGCUGCCAAGACCUCGUCAGUUGUUCCUUGGUUUGCAAAACCUGGAGGACCGCCAUCGCCAAAUGUAAGUGUUUCGAAGCGCUUUAUUACAAGCAGUGGCAAAUGGGUCUUGUGAGGGGUCUUUGUUUGGAGGAGAUGGCCGGUGUGACUCAUAGACUUGCAUUGCUUCAAAGCCGUCGGAUUAAUGUUGAUCAGUGGAAGGGUCACUCUGCUAAUAUUAUUGAUCAAUGCCGAAACAAGGAUGGGUUGCUUCUCACUGGCAGCAGCAGGAAGAAGUUCAUGCGUCUGUGGUCACUGGAAGAAAGCCGUAAUUGUGUGUAUAAAUUUCAAGGAGAAUAUCGAGUUCCAGUAGACUAUGGCCCUUUGGUUGAUUUUGACUUUGAUGAGAGCAAGAUUGUUGGCUUGGUCGGCUCGAAGAAUAGUCGAAUAUGCAUAUGGAGGCGCAGUGGGAUGACUAGGAUAUUAAACCCAUUUAAGUGCAAGGGUACCUUUCCGAAGGGUUUAUGCAUGAGCUACUGUGAUCCAGAGGCUGUGGUUGGAUGUGCUGACGGCACUGCUCGAGUGUUUGACAUGUACAGUAGCCAAUGUUCUCAAAUUCUUAGAAUGCACGACCCUGAGGUGCCAGUUACAUGCCUAGGGUUAAGUGAUGAAGGCAGUCGGUUGUCCAUUCUUGCUGGUGGUGGUUCUUCUAUCACAGUUUCCUCUGUACUUUUACCUGAUCAUGAGUUUGCAGCAAAAUUGCAUAUAGCAGGCGAGAUAAAGACUUUGAGCUACAACCCUUGCGGCAAUGAUAGGACAGUGUUUGCUGGAUCAAGCAAUGGAUAUGUGUAUGGUUGGGACCUGAGGACAUGUAGACUUUUGUGGGAAACGAGAGUGAGUCAGGGUGCUGUGUGUUCAAUGCAGCACCGGAGGAAUGAUGCAUCAACUUUGGUUGUGGGUGGAAUGGAUGGUGUGCUUCAUCUAGUGGAUCAGAACACAGGGAAAGUGGUUACUAAAAUUGUCUUGGACACCAGCUACUGUGUACUGCCAAGUUCUAAACCUGCUUCAAGUUCAAGUGGUGGUUGUUAUCAAAACAUGGUAAUUCAGAGAUUGAGAGGAAAAAGGAUUUCACCAGAUGCUAACAUUGUCGGCAUUCCUGCACCUCCCAUCACCUGCUUGGCAGUGGGGAUGAAGAAGGUUAUCACCACACACGAUAGGGACUACAUCAGAACCUGGAAAUUUAACUAGUCCCUGCUGUGUUUUUUGUUAGAUAUGGCCAAAUUCGACGCGCAGUAUGUGGAACAUUGCCUAUGUAUGUAUGAGCUAACGAGGUCAUAUUUAUUAUCAAAGGCAGGAAGGCAGAGACUCUUUGUUUUUUCAUUGCAUACUUAACAGCUGGUUCAUCAAAAAGUGGCUCUUUCAAUCAUUCAAUGUCGGAUCUGGUUAUCAUAAGACUCAUGAAUCUGGGUCCAAACCAUCUCUGUGAUAACUCAUUGUUCUCACAUUAUUGCUCCUGCAGUUUGGAUAUUGAUAACACUAAUGCUCUCCCCAAGACAGUGCGUUUUCUUUGGGUGGCUUUUUCACUCUGGACAAUCUGGAAGGCAAGAAGUGAAGUGAAGUUGUCUAUGGACAUCCAUCUCCUAAACCUAUUGGUAAAGUGCACAGAAUUGGAGCAGCUGUAGCAGAGUUUCUUGGCAGUUCCUUAGUGGCUCCAUAUACAGGUGUCCCCCAAGCUGAUAUCGGUUCUGAAAUUGGAGACUUGGUGUGCCCCAAACCCUGGUACAAUUAAGAUCAAUUGUGAUAGUGCUUGGGAUGAUAGCACAGGAGUGGCAGGGACUGUAGUUAUUGCUAGAGAUCAUCAGGAUUUGGUAGUUGCAGGUAAUACUUCCUCCUUAUACUUGAAUUCUGCAUUGAUGCCUGAAGCCUCUGCUGCUUUGGGGUUUGAAGCCAGCAAAGAUUCAUGAUUUUCAAGAUGUUAUUAUGGACAUUUCAAAUGUACUGUGUUAUUUUGGUUCCUUUCAAAGAAUGUCUGGGAAAUCUACCCUCUCAUCAAAGAAAUCCGAUGGUUUCAGAGUAUGCUGAAGUUUUGUAGCUGGAAUUUGAUAAAGAUGAGUUCUAAUGCUUUGGCUGAUUUGCUUGCCAGGCAAGCCAAAAGGAAGAUCGAUCUUGGAAAUUGGGUAAUGCACCCUCCAUCUGAUUUUUUCAAAGUUCUGAGGAGUAAUGGAUUGCCUGCACCUCCUGAUGGUUUUUCAGUUGUAUGCUUCUCUCUGCUGCUUUUGCAGUUUAAUGAAACUUCGUUGUCCGAAAAAAAACAAAGCUGGUCCAACAAUUUUCACUUUACUUAGCUUUUCUUUUCCGGUAUAAAAUAGAGUGAAUGAUUAUGCUGGUGAAGAAUGAAGGCAGAGUACUUGGAAAAGCAGUAUAUUCUUAUGCACUCAAUGUCAGUAGUUUAUCUAUAGUUUGGUGA